CGCCCCGGCUUUUCGCCGCUCCCGUAGCCGCCGCCGCCGCCGCCCCGCUCCGCUCCGCCAUGGCCUCUGAGCCGGCCCCGGCCGCCGAGCAGCCCCCCGAGCAGCCCCCCGAGCCGCCCGCCGAGGCCGCCGAGCACCGGGCGCUGGUGCUGACGGGCUUCGGGGGGUACGAGAAGCUGAAGGUGCAGACGCGGCGCUGCGGGUCCCCGGCGCCCGGCGAGGUCUCGGUGCGGGUCCGAGCCUGCGGGCUCAAUUUCGCCGAUCUGCUGGGGCGGCAGGGGCUCUACGACCGGUUACCGGCGCCGCCCGUCUGCCCCGGCAUGGAGUGCGCCGGUACCGUCCGGGCCCUCGGGGACGGCGUCAGCGACCGGCAGGUUGGUGAUAAGGUAAUGGUCCUGGCUAGGUCAGGGCUCUGGCAAGAAGUGGUGAACGUGCCAGCCAAUCAGACUUUCCUGAUGCCCGAGGGGAUGAGCUUCGAGGAAGCGGCUGCUCUUCUUGUCAACUACAUCACUGCCUACAUGAUCCUGUUCGACUUUGGAAACCUCAGACCCAACCAGAGCGUCCUUAUCCACAUGGCUGCAGGUGGCGUGGGAACUGCUGCCAUCCAGCUGUGCAAGACCAUAGAAAACGUCACCAUUUUUGGCACAGCAUCCGCCUCCAAGCACGAGUCGCUCAAGGAAAGAGGAGUCACUCACCCCAUUGACUACAGAACCACGGAUUAUGCAGAGGAGGUCCGGAAAAUCUCUCCCAAAGGUGUUGACAUUGUCUUGGAUCCCCUUGGAGGAGCCGACACAUCCAAAGCAUUCAACCUGUUGAAGCCAAUGGGCAAAGUCAUCACUUAUGGAGUAGCAAACCUGCUCACAGGGCAGAAGAAGAACCUCGUGGCUAUGGCUAAAACCUGGUGGAACCAGUUCAGCAUCAACGCUUUGCAGCUCCUACACCAUAAUAAGGCCGUGUGUGGCUACCACCUGGGAUAUAUGAAUGAAGAGGUUGAGCUUAUCAGCGGUGUUGUAGCCAAGCUGGUUAACCUGUACAGUCAAGGCAAAAUCAAGCCCAAAAUAGACUCCGUAUGGCCCUUUGAUCAGGUGGCCGAUGCCAUGAGGCAGAUGCAAGAGAAGAAGAACAUUGGAAAGGUCAUCCUGGUUCCUGAAGCACCCAAGGAAGAAUCCAAAAAAGAAGAGAACUAAGGAGAAGAGCUUCGUGCAGAUUGUGAAUUCAUGGUUUAACUCCCUGAUCUCUUUGGGACCUGGAAAUGGACAGAUCAGUAGCUUCCAUCUUCACCAGUACAAGAGCAUCGUGGUUGAAGUUCAGAUGAGGUUUGCAUGCUGUCGUUGUGACUGACCCUUUGCCAGAUAUGCCUCCUGCCCUCACUCUGUGUUCUGACACCUCUUUAUUUCAUACAUUUUCCUAACCACUGUUUUUUCCACUGAAUUUUCAAACUAACCUUCUUUUUCCCUGGCAGCGCAGCUGAAGCUUCUGGGCAGUUGGUGACUAACGACUGCGUAGUCCAUCCCUGUAAAGUCCAAGCGUAACGUAUAACAACUGCCAAGUGUCUCCACAGAAGCUGAGCUGUAGCAUUUGUGCUGUCGCCUUUGAGAAGCUCGUUCAGCAGGAGAACGGGCCAACCUGAGGAGGUUUCCUCCUCAGCCGAAAGAAAAGCGCGGCUGGUCUAGUUUAAUCCUAGCACGGGCUGCUCCUCUGGUCGCGCUAACUUCUCUCUGCUUCCGUAGACCUCUAACACCAGUCAAUAGCAACUAGUCACGUUGGCUUUAACUUGUAAGUAACCAUCCUGGUGUGCUGGAGUCUGUCGAGUAUUGCACUUGGUUUGCAGUCACUUCUCCGUGCAGUCAGCAAAUAACCCAACUGGUUGGGCUGUGUCUGAACGCAGAAGAAAUUAGGUAACUCGAUCGUGUCCAUUUUCUGAUUAGGUAACUCGAUCAUGUCCAUUUUCUGAUUCCAAACUGCGUAGGGAGAUCUAAACUGUGUCUGAUUUUUAGAGACCAUAAGGACUCAACUGUGUCUCAAAUGACUGGAACAAUUGAUGUUGGCUCUGUGCUUUAUUAAUGUUGGGCUCCAAGUCGGUAUUGUUAAGGCUAAACUUCACCCUCGUGUUUAUAUUUCCAAGGGCUGCAGUGUUGAAGCAGACUUCAGCAAGAUGGGAACAACAGAAAUCCCUGUGCUUGCUGUGAGCUGGGGAGGUGUUGCAGUUUGGGAAUUAACUUGCAAGAGCCGGUCCUGUAAGGCUGUUCUCCAGGAGCCUGGGCUGGCUCGGUCUGGCACGGCACUCCUCAAAACUAUCGCCAAGUUAGCAGUGUAGAUGGUGAACUGCCCAGCUCUCUGUCAAGCCUCUUGCCCUGGGCAUCUUAAGCAGUUUAAAUCCUGCUUUUCCCUUCUCCCGUAGGUAUCCGCUCCUUAGGUAUCUGCUCACACCACCUCUCGCCUCAUGGCUCAGUGCUGCAGGAGUCUUGACUCUUCUUCCCCUGAAAAUGCAAGUCUUGGAGACCCUUGGGCUCCCUCCCAGCACCCAGGGCUUAGGCGUUGCCGGGGCGGUGCUCCUCUCAGACCAGAACUCUUGUUUUUCUUCCUGUUUUUUUUUUUCCAUGCAUUUGCAAACGGAGCUAUGCAGAGAUCCAAGCCCAGUUCCAUGAGCACUUGGCUGGUGCCCCACCUCCUGCUGGACCCCGUUUUCAACCCUGUGCGACCGUGGUGCUGUUUGUGCUUGAGGUUUUGUUGUGGGCUGUAGGUGCUGUGGGCUUUUUAGGCUUCGUUUUGGGUUCGAAAAGGUAAACCUGAGGGCACCAAGAAGAGCUACCCAUUGCGGAAGAGCUCAGGCUCCAGGAGCAAAACCUUGCGACUUGAAGUCCUGCUUAACCAAAGCCCAAGGAGAGAAGGUGACUGCUGGGCAAAGGGCCUUGUAGAUGAAGGCUCUCUGCUGCUGGAGAGCAGCCAAGCGAUGUGCAGGACCGGAGGCUUCUUCCUUGGCCAACUCCAGCCUCCAGUGGGGCUCCGCUCUGUCAGUGCAGGUUCUAUUUCAGGUGCUUGGGCUCUGUCCCCAGUUCUUUAGAAAUGCGUAGGCACAGGCUAUAUGGGACUCACCUUGGGUACCUUUUAAGUAAUUCAAACAACCCCGUUCCCUCGGAGAGCUGGAGCCCUCCUGCAGAUCCUUGUCGUUCCAUCUCUUGCACUUGAGAGACCUUGAACUUCCUAAAGGUGGUCUGGUGGAACACUCAAGCACAACUUUUUAACCUUUCUGAAUCCAAAAAUCGUGCCGCUUCUCCUCUCAGCCUGCCCUGUUGUGCUAAUUCAGAUUAAAUCCAACGGUGUCUAAUGCUGCUUUACCAGGUCUGGCAACAGAAAGACUGUCUCAGUUGCUGAAAUGGGGAGUCUGGACCUGUUCCUCCAAAUAACCGCACUUCACCUUGGUGCAAGAGCAGCGCGCUCAACUGGCACACAACCCUGCACACCUUCAGGUUCUGCACACAAGUAGAGAGGGAAAGCUAUCAAAUUGUGUUUCACAGUAACGUCCUCUCCUUGCUUUACUCUCGGCGAAGCACGUGCUCAGUGCCUUACUUGGAUGGCCUUGGAUCGGGCAGCGUAGCCGGGCUCUCGCAGUCUGUCCCUCCCGAGGCAGCGUGAAGGAGGAAAGCGGGAGUCUCGCAGCUUCCCGCAGGACACCUCUGAUGUGCCGCCUCGCGGCACGCCACAAAAACCAAUAUCAGUGCCUUCUUCUACGUGCCUGUAAGGACUAGGAAGUCACUGGAGCCUUUUCCAUUCUGGCCUUUCAAAGUAUUGCCAAAAAACCUGUCGUGAAUCUUGCUAGCGCUGUGUUGUGAAUGCUGGUGAUGUAGUCCGACUUACUGUGAAUCAGAUGCUCCCUUUCCAUGUAUUACAGCCUUUCCAGGGCCAUCCUGGUGGUUCUGUGGUCCACACUCCAGAGGAGCUGUUGUAGAGCCCUUUUCUGCCCCAGGGCAGCUGCUUGGCUCCAGCCAGCCCUUGAGUGAGGCUUUAGCUGCUGCCCCAGCCUUAGCCCUUGGAAAAAUCCAGGCUUUUGACUCUCUUUGUGUAGCUGCUUGUGUUAUCUUCUGCCUACACAUUCCCAAAGCCCUUAUCAGGGCACGAGUGCUAAGCAGUUUGUGUCUGCUAGAGUUUAGCACUGACUGUUCUACGUCCCUUGGUAGCAGCAAUGUUUUCUGCAGAGACCAAGAUUAAAUGUAACUGUGCUCUUCGCUGCCUCACGAUCAAUGCUUUGCUCUGCAUGGUUGGAUGUUUUUUUGGGUUUUGGGGUUUAUUUUAGGUUUAUUUUUAAAUAGACAAAUAUUUUAUGGGCCAGUCAGCGUAGAACCUCUCUAAACCAACUUCAAGUGUCUUAACUCAACCAGCAGGUUUGUAUACUAAGGACCAAAGCAGGGAGAAAAAAAAAACCAACCAAACAAAAACCCUGGGAUAAAAAUCAUUUCACUCAACAUCCUUUUAACUUUUUAGGGCAAAGCUAUUGAGGAAAUGGGAGAUUCCGGUGCUGAAAUAGUGUGUUCCAGUGAUGAGGACUGCAGUUCAAUGUUCAUUUUGCCGAUUGUCUGAUCCAAAGGUUGCGCCGGAGGGGUCCGAGAAAGCGUAAGGAGCUCAUGGGUGUCCCUGCCCCUUACCCUGUGCCGUGGGGCGCGGCUCACGCAGGCUGUGUGAGUGCUAUUCCUGGGUCAGUCGCCUUCCCAGACUGGUGCUGCUGGUCUUGGACAAAAUACAGCUCCUUUGCUAUCACCAGGCAGCUUUUGCCGUGUUUGCGCCUCCGGUUCCUCUCCAGCUCGGUUGCGUUGCACGCCAACAGCUGAAGGGGAAGGGAGCAGAGGCAGCCUCGGCUUGCAGAGCGUGACCCCUGCCAAGCACUUGGGAUAAGGGAAGGAGUUGAGCUGCCCAUUUAAUUCCAGACACCUGUAUGAAACCAAAAUCGAUGGAGCGGGGAGAAGUUAAGAAGCGUUGCGAGCCUCGGGCUUUAGUUGGUGCAGGAUCCUCGCCCACCUGAGCUGCUGCCAUAGGUGUAAAACCACUCUUGUUACCUGAUGAAGUCUCCCGUGGGCCAAGCCCUGGUGAUGGCAAAGCGUGACUGGCGAGUGGUAGCGCGAUGUGAAGUGCGUUAGACUCUCGAGCCUCUUACACCGUGUGGUCUGGUCUGUCUGUUGUGUCGAUUUGCAAGUGUGUGACGCGAGUGAUGCUCAUCCUACACGCACAUAUCCAAACAAAAAAAAAUCUUCGUUUAAGUAUAUUCCGCUUUGUCUGUGUAACCAAGUGGGACAGAAAGCAAGUCUGCCAGUGCUGUUUACAUGACUAUAAUGUGUAAUGCUCCUCUGUCUAAUGUUGCCAUAUGCCUUAUGUGUUUCAAAUGGUAAUUAAAAGCGUAACAAAGCC